AUGGGCGUCGUUGAAUAUCUCCAAGUCAUGCUGUUUGUUUUCAACCUGACCCUCUCCAGCGUGGCACAUCCAGCAGUGAAUUGUCAAAACUUCAAGUUUGUUAUCGACGAAGAUGUCGUCUUUAACCACAUUCUUGAGGGUCACGUGUUUCAAAGAUCGACAGUCCGCGGUCCAGCCCAGUGUCACGCAAAGUGCAAAGAUGACUGUCUGUGCGCAUCCAUGAACUACUUUCCUCAGUCCAAAGAGAAUAACUGCGAGCUUAACGAUGCUAAUAAAGACAUGGAGCCAGCGGCAAUGAAAUGGAGGCAAGGAGGAAACUAUUAUGCUUUGGUGAGAAGCUACACAGUGAGGGUAAGAUAGAACUUUUAGUUGGUUCGUUUCUUCUCAAAUGAGUUGAUUAUUUAAGUAACAGCUCAGACUUCAUUCAUUUACUCGUUUGUCAUGCACUCAAUUUGUCGUUGGCUACUCAGGCGCACGUAAAAACUCGAUUCAAUGAACUUUCAAAGAAAAUGGCAUCACAACAGAAACAUUGUGAGCUAACAAAACUCUAAAUAUUACUGUAGGGUGGAGAGAAAUACAUCCCUGAGAAGCAUCGUUGCAUCAACAGAUGCUGCCACACUAAUCCUUGUCUCAAUGGGGGUACAUGUCGGGAGAUUUGUGACACUCGCAGCACCAGGUUUAACUGUACCUGUCCUAAGACAUACUCUGGUCAGCGGUGUGAGAAGAUGAAACAUCCGAGAAGCUGCAAAGACGUAGCUAAGAACGGUGCCUCGACAUCAGGAAAAUACGACAUCUACGAUUCAAACAGUAAACGGUUUUCUGUUUACUGUGACUGGCAGUCUGAACCUGGCUUUGUAUGGACAUUAAUACAAUCGUUAUCCUUGUCCAAGAGAAAUUCCUUCAAUUAUGCAGGGUUUGGCAAAAACGUUGAGAUUGAUAUUGAAGAGGGGGAAGUGAAUUGGAACGAGUUCCGACUAUCCUUAUCACAGAUGCAGUAUCUUGCUAAUCACUCCACACAUCUGAGAGCAACUUGUAACUUUUCUACGGAUGGUCUGCAGUAUACGGACUACGCACGCGCUAAGCUGGCAGGUCAUGACAUUUUUGGUACCUGGCACACCUGCCAGAUGUACGAAUAUGUUAAUAUCCGAGGAAUCUACUGUUCUAAUUGCACCGCCCUGACAAAACAGCAGGAAGAUGUGUCCUGGCACAUAAGGAGUUACAAUAGCAUAGAAGUCGGAUGUGAAUUUGAUGGAAAACCAGGUGGAGUCCCCGAUGAAAAAAAUUUCGGACAAUUUGGCAAGCGUUAUAAGAAUCAGGAUCACCGCUGCUCGUUUUCUCCUGCUUCUACAACGCAGCAUUGGUUUGGAGCUAAAUGUGACGUGUAA